AUGCAGUUUCUGGACUUUGAAGCCGCUUUCGACUCCUUUCACCAAGGCUGUUUUCUUGACGUCCUCCGAGCCGAUAGAGUACCAGGAAUGUCCGUUCGCUUGCUUGAUGACAUGAAUCAACGAACAACUGCUGCUGUUCGAACACCAGCCGGAUGUACAACAUCGUUUGAAGUGACAAUUGAAGCAAAUCAAGGAGCAGUGGCAGGAUUCCUAUCUGUUUAA